AUAUAGAGUACCUUUUAAGUAUUUAUUUGUGUAUCUAGUUUCAUUUCAAUUUUAUUUUUGAGACAAAAACGCAAACAUCAUGUCUUCAUUUUCUGUACGUUAUCGCAGUGAAAUUGGAGAUGCAAUACGUAGAUCCUGCUUGAACGAUUUGAAUAUCCCAUUUGAAGAAAUAUUAUCAGCUACCGACAACUUUGCUGCUGAGAACCUCAUCGAACUAGGCUCUUCUAAGUUUUGCAGGGGAAAACUCUUGCAAUCCGAAAAAAUAAUCGAUAUUCUAGUAGGGGAGAUUCAUGAAGAGGAUAUGAUGAUGUUAUUCUUGCUUCAACAUGAAAAUAUCAGCACCAUCUUAUAUUGUACUACUAAUAAUGAUUACAGGAAUAUAUUGUUCAUAAAGAAAAUUGAGGUCAAUGGAAGCCUGGCUGAAAAUCUAUCAGCUGGGUCAACUCUUUCAUGGACGCAAAGACUGAGCAUAUGUAUUGGCGUUGCAAAAGCAUUGAAAUAUAUCCAUUCUUCUGACUUCCUGGUACCGGGUUAUCAUGUCAUACAUGGCAACAUCAAGAGCUCCGAAAUUUUACUUGAUGACAACUGGCAACCCAAGUUGCAAGGUUUCGAAUCUGCCAUAGUAGCUGAAAGAAAUACUGUUCAUGUUACUAGUACAUAUAAGGGCACGCUACAAUAUAUGGACCCAACAUAUGAAAAAACUGGAGCGUUGACUGACAAGUCAGACGUGUUUUCCUUUGGAGUUGUUUUAUUUGAAGUCUUGUUUGGGAGAGAAACAACAGCCACUCCAACCGAGGCGCAACAAGAUGAUUGGAACUUUGCUGAAUUCGCCAGAUUACAUUGGAAGAAUAAAACGCUGAAGAAAAUGAUAGACCCCAAUAUGUGGAAUAAUAUGGACUCGAAAUCAGUUGAAAUCUUCUCAAAUGUAGCAUAUGCUUGCUUGACAGAGCAACGAGAAAAACGCCCAAAUAUGGAUCAGGUUGUUAGGGAACUUGAGGAAUCCUUUAGACUUCAAAAGAAUCAUGAAAACUCAUCAAUGGUUUCAAAAACAUCAUGCAGUCACUUACAGGUAAUUAAUUAUUCUUAUUUUGAUUGAUAGGGAUCAUGGUGUAUUUUUGGUUUGAUAUUGUGAAUUACUAUUACUAUAUAUUGGUAUGGAUUUCUCAAUGAGACUACUGUAGUCCUGUUCUACGAUGCACCGAAACUCCAAACAGGCAAGCGUAUCCAUUUCGGAAACUUCAUAGGGACGGGAACUCGUACGAAACGUUUCCUUGAAGUUUCUAUAUAUACCGAAACGCUUCUGUGAAGAUUUCACACCGUAUCUAAUUA